AUGGAUACCUCGCUACUAACAUCCGCAAGAAAACAUAUUGAGGUGCGCCGGGGACAUGCUUUGGUCUUGUGGCCUUGGACAUUUCGCACUGAGGAGAAUGACGGGAACACCAUUGGCGAUCAAUCACAACGGACAGUCAGCUCCAAAAGUUUUUCAGUGCCACCACCUCAAGCUCGUUGGACUAUGAAUAAUGCGCCAGUGAUCAUUUCACGUAGUGUCUACAUAAGUUUGAUCAGUCAAGCCUUGAUCCUGCUAAACGUCGAUAAUGAUGUUCAUUCGCAAAUUUUUCGGGCUUCGCUGAGCAAUGGAUAUAGGUCAUCGGAUGAAAACACCGCAGCUUACAGUCAGAUACACAUUAUACAAGUAACUGAGCCCCAACCCUCGCGGUCUACCCACUCACUGGAGAUCAUAUUGGCUCCAAAGGACGUAAAGCUUUUGAUACUUGAGGGACAAGAAAGCAAAGCUACGUUUGAAUGCAUCUUCAACGCGAGACCAGCAAAUGCCCUCCGCGUUCAAUGGUUUCGUAGAAUAUUUUCAACAAAACACAGUGAAAUUCGUCUACUUGACACAAGGGAUAACCAUUCCAGUUGUGACCAAGGAGUACGACGACACAAAUUCGAUAAAUCUGGUCUAAAUCGAAGUAUUACAAUCUCAAAAGUUGUCCAAGCAUCCAGUGAUUUUCAGGAAGAAUAUAUCUGCAAGGCAUUAUUAGAAACAACUAACGAAGACCAAUUUGCUGCUAGUAAAGAUCGUUUUUCCACUGGAUUGUCAACCGGUGGAAUGCCAUUCAAGGAAUCGAUGUCAGCAACAGCCAGGCUGUGGAUAAUAAGCCCACCAAGGCUCGGAUUUCCUCGUCAAAUGAUUCCGAUGGAAGUAUGGAUUAAGAAUGGGAGGCCUCGCGCCGCCAACAUACAGGGAGUUGUCAGUUCGAAACAAGUACUCACCUGUAUGUAUGAAUAUACAGGACAGCCCAAGGCAACAAUGAGCUGGUUGAAAAAUGCACAAGUGUUGAAAAACGAUGGAUCAAGGUGUGUUCCAGCUUAACUCCCCAGAGAUUUGUAGUAACGGUGCAUAAGUAAUACCGUACACUGCUAGUCUAUAAUUUAUUUUAGGCUACUACCAUAGGUCACCGCAAUGCCUCAGAUACUGGGUUACUUCAAAUUCGUUUGAAAACAAUGGUAUUGACUAGUCAAGUCAACUCAAGUCAAAAUAAGCUUUAUGUACCUUAAUGGGUUCCUUUUCAGCAUUUACACCAGCAUUUAUACCAUCGUCAUUUUAACUUGGAUGUUUUGCAAACCAAGUAAGAAAUGCAGCAAAACA